AUGGAAACACUGGAGUCGGAGCUGACCUGCCCUAUUUGUCUGGAGCUCUUCGAGGACCCUCUCCUGCUCCCCUGCGCACACAGCCUCUGCUUCAACUGCGCCCACCGCAUCCUGGUGUCACACUGCGCCACCAACGAGUCCGUGGAGUCCAUCACCGCCUUCCAGUGCCCCACCUGCCGACAUGUCAUCACGCUCAGCCAGCGAGGUCUAGACGGGCUCAAGCGCAACGUCACCCUCCAGAACAUCAUCGACAGGUUCCAGAAAGCUUCAGUGAGCGGGCCCAAUUCCCCCAGCGAGACCCGCCGGGAGCGGGCAUUUGACGCCAACAGCAUGACCUCGGCCGAGAAAGUCCUCUGCCAGUUCUGUGACCAGGAUCCUGCCCAGGAUGCCGUGAAGACCUGUGUCACUUGCGAAGUGUCCUACUGUGACGAGUGCCUAAAAGCCACUCACCCGAACAAGAAGCCCUUCACAGGCCACCGUCUCAUUGAGCCCAUCCCGGACUCGCACAUCCGGGGGCUGAUGUGCCUGGAACACGAGGAUGAGAAGGUGAAUAUGUACUGCGUGACCGAUGACCAGUUAAUCUGUGCCUUGUGUAAACUGGUCGGGCGGCACCGAGAUCAUCAGGUGGCAGCUUUGAGUGAGCGCUAUGACAAAUUGAAGCAAAACUUGGAGAGUAACCUCACCAACCUUAUUAAGAGGAACACGGAACUGGAGACACUUUUGGCUAAACUCAUUCAAACAUGUCAACAUGUUGAGGUCAAUGCAUCACGUCAAGAAGCCAAAUUGAUGGAGGAAUGUGAUCUUCUUAUUGAGAUCAUUCAGCAAAGACGACAAAUCAUUGGAACCAAGAUCAAAGAAGGAAAGGUGAUGAGGCUUCGCAAACUGGCUCAGCAGAUUGCAAACUGCAAACAGUGCAUUGAGCGAUCGGCGUCACUCAUCUCCCAAGCAGAACACUCUCUGAAGGAGAAUGAUCACGCGCGUUUCCUACAGACCGCUAAGAAUAUCACUGAGAGAGUCUCCAUGGCAACAGCAUCAUCCCAGGUCCUCAUUCCUGAAAUCAACCUCAAUGACACAUUUGACACCUUUGCCUUAGAUUUUUCCCGAGAGAAGAAAUUGCUAGAAUGUCUGGAUUACCUUACAGCUCCCAACCCUCCCACAAUUAGAGAAGAGCUCUGCACGGCUUCCUAUGACACCAUAACCGUUCACUGGACCUCCGAUGAUGAAUUCAGUGUGGUUUCCUAUGAGCUCCAGUACACCAUCUUCACCGGACAAGCCAAUGUUGUGAGUCUGUGCAACUCGGCCGAUAGCUGGAUGAUCGUGCCCAACAUCAAGCAGAACCACUACACGGUCCAUGGGCUGCAGAGCGGCACCAAGUACAUCUUCAUUGUCAAGGCCAUCAACCAGGCAGGCAGCCGCAGCAGUGAGCCUGGGAAGUUGAAGACAAACAGCCAGCCAUUUAAACUGGACCCCAAAUCUGCACAUCGAAAGCUAAAGGUGUCCCAUGAUAACUUGACGGUAGAACGUGAUGAGUCAUCAUCCAAAAAGAGCCAUACGCCCGAGCGCUUCACCAGCCAAGGCAGCUAUGGCGUAGCUGGAAACGUGUUCAUUGAUAGCGGCCGCCAUUACUGGGAAGUGGUCAUAAGCGGAAGCACAUGGUACGCCAUUGGCCUUGCAUACAAGUCAGCCCCAAAGCAUGAGUGGAUUGGCAAGAACUCUGCUUCCUGGGUGCUGUGCCGCUGCCACAAUACCUGGGUGGUAAGACACAACAGCAAGGAGAUUCCCAUCGAGCCAGCCCCCCACCUCCGGCGCGUCGGCAUUCUGCUAGACUACGAUAAUGGCUCCAUCGCUUUCUAUGAUGCCUUGAACUCCAUCCACCUCUACACUUUCGACAUCACAUUCUCGCAGCCCGUGUGCCCCACCUUCACUGUGUGGAACAAAUGUCUGACCAUCAUAACAGGCCUUCCCAUCCCCGACCAUCUAGACUGUACAGAGCAGCUGCCCUGA